AUGGCUUCUUCGGAUCUUCAAAAGCAGGUUGGCCAGCUCUUCACGGUGGGGUUCUAUGGCUGCACCCUAAGUCCCGAAAUCAAGACUUUAAUCCAUGACUACCAUGUUGGAGGAAUUGUCCUCUUCUCACGCAAUUUGAAGAAUGCAGAACAGCUUCAGGCCUUGACACUGGCUUUACAGAAUGAAGCUAAAUCGGCCGGGCAUGAGCGACCACUCUUGAUCGGAAUUGACCAGGAGAAUGGAUUGGUCACUAGAAUUUCUCCCCCGAUCGCUACUCGAGUACCGGGCCCUAUGGCACUCGGCGCCACGCAUGAUCCAGAGUGUGCCUAUAGUGCGGGGAAAGCCACGGGGGAAACUCUGGGCUUCUUCGGGAUCAACAUGAACUAUGCACCCGUGUGCGAUGUCAACUCAGAGCCGUUAAACCCGGUUAUUGGUGUACGUAGCCCUGGUGAUGACCCAGAAUUUGUGGGCCGGUUUGCGAGUGCAGCCGCGCGGGGCCUGCGCGAACAAAAUGUUGUCCCCAGUGUGAAGCAUUUUCCAGGUCAUGGAGACACAGCUGUCGACUCGCAUUAUGGACUACCAGUAAUUCCUAAAACAAGGGAUCAGCUGGAGCGUUGCGAGUUGAUUCCCUUUAGGCGGGCUGUCGCCGAGGGCAUCGAGGCCGUCAUGACAGCACAUAUCUCGUUGCCCCGUUUAGAUCCCACGCGUCCUGCAACGCUUUCUGAAGAGAUUAUGGAAAUCUUGCGUAAGGAUAUGGCCUAUGAUGGUAUGAUCAUUACAGAUUGUCUGGAGAUGGAUGGAAUCCGUGCGACAUUCGGGACAGAGGAAGGCUCGGUGCUAGCAUUGCGCGCUGGUAGCGAUAAUAUCAUGAUCUGCCAUACCUUUGAGGUGCAGGUGGCUUCGAUCAAGAGAGUUUGUGAAGCAAUCAAUUCCGGCACAAUCGAUGAAUCACGACUGGCGGACGCUUGUCGCCAUGUUGCUGCGGUGAAGGGCAAGUUUUUGAGCUGGGAUACCGCUCUUCGGCAAUCCAAUCUCGCAGAACUGAGCUCGCUCAACAAAAAAAUUGCCGAGUUAACUAUGGAGAUGUAUUCUCGAUCGACCACACUCGUGCGCGACAAGAAUGGAGUUCUUCCUCUAUCAAAAACUUCAAUCAUCAUAUUCCUCUUCCCCGGAGAGAAGACCCCAGUCGGUGGCGCCGUUGAUGGCGAGGAAACGAAGAAGUCAGGACUAUACCAUUCCAACACAUAUCUUAAUGUGUUGCGGCAACAUAACAAUUCCAUUGCUGAGAUCAGAUACGGAGCAGCCGGUCUGACUGCAGAGCAAUGGCGAACCCUUGAAGUCGCUGAUGUAGUGAUUUUCACCUCGCUCAAUGCAAGAGAGUCGCCAUAUCAGGAGUCGCUAGGCCUAGAACUUGCUGAACGUGUUCAAUCAUUGGUGCAUAUUGCCGCCUGCAACCCUUAUGACUUCCUUGAUGCUCCCAGUGUCAAGACCUAUAUAACCACAUACGAGCCGACCAUCGAAGCAUUUUCUGUAGCUGCCGACAUCAUGUUCGGAGCGCUGGUCCCGACAGGUGCCCUCCCCGUGGGGACUAAUGCUUUGGCAAAGACGUACGCAGCAGUAACGCCCUUUGAUGCACAAAGAGAUCUGGAUGAGGUGAUUGAAGUCUGGGCCGCUGCUCUCCCGAGCUACAUCAUUCCUACUGGAAGUUUGCGAUCUAUGAUUGUACGCCCGUAUGGCCACCAUUUCGUCGCGCACGUUGAAUCGCAGCUAGUAGGCUUCUGUCUUGCUUAUACAAAUGCUCACGGUACACCAAACACCGUUUAUAUCGCAGUUCUUGCCGUAUCACCAAAGUACCAACACCAAGGCAUUGGUAUUGCUCUGCUAGAAGAAACGAGAGCGUACUUCCGGGUAACCUUUGGCUUCAAUAACAUGAAGCUGGGCAGCUCAUUCCCCCGCUUUUGGCCCGGGAUUCCCCGGGAUCUUCCAGAGACGGUACAACAUUUCUUCACUCAUCGUGGUUUCCGACUCAGUCCACCCAGUGCCCGAGCCGUUGACUUGUACCAAGAUAUCCGGAAUUUCCAGUCGCCAGAGAAGUAUAUCACUCGUGCCCGGGAUCGAGGCUUCCGCUUCGCACCAUUGAAAUCUGAAGAUUACGAGGCCUGUCUGGUUGGACAAAGAAGGAACUUCUCUAAGAAUGGGAGCUGGGUGGAGGCAUAUGUUGCAUUGCAUCCCGACAAGUAUCCUAACAGUGUGAUGACAGCAUUCGAUUCCCAAGGCCAGCAGAUCGGCUGGACAUUAAUGCUCGGUCCAUCAGACGCUCUGAACGAGUCUUGGGCAUUCCCCCAAACCUGUGGUCCAAACACAGGACUGAUCGGCGCCGUAGGAAUUGAUGAGUCCCACCGCCAGAAUGGCAUUGGGUUGGCGUUGAUCUGCCACGCUAUUCAACACAUGAAGCAGCGAGGUAUUGAAGGUGUCUUUGUAGACUGGGUUGCACUUGAUGGGUGGUAUGAGCAGGUUGGUUUUGAGACCUGGCGAAGCUACAGACCCGGAGACCUUUAG